AUGAAAAAAAGCGGCAAAGGCAAUUGGAUCCAUUUUAUGAAACUUGCUCGGCUAAUUCGUCUGGCUCGGCUCUACCAGAAAAUCGAGCGCUAUUCUCAAUAUAGUGCUGUGGUACUUGGCCUUCUGAUGUGCAUGUUCUUCUUGCUAGCCCAUUGGUUUGCGUGCAUUUGGUACGGCUUGGGCCGCCUCGAGUUGCAAGGAGAUCUUACCAAAAAUUACAGUAAGCCACUCUGCUUUAUAACGGACAAAUUGCUCUUUUCUAUUGGUGAUAGCAACCAAAAGCCAUUGUGGUAUGUUAGAUGUUAA